ACUUCCUCCUCGGUUGGACUCGGUCAGUCCGUGAUGUGUUAGGGGUCUGCAGAGGUGGACCAGGUGUGGACCAGGUGUGGACGUGGACGUGGAGCGAGCUGCAGGUUUUCAGUGAGCAGGGUCAGAGGACUCUGCAGUACCAGAGUGACGUGUUACAGACCGUGGUGCUGGUGAACCCGUCAGAGGAGACCGCAGCCUCAGAGAUCCGCUCUCUGCUCACUGACUCUGCGGGGCAGAAGUUGCUGAUUCUGAGCGGCCAGAGCACAGAGCAGGGAGGAGACAUCCUACUGCAAGGUGGAGCCUUCACCUGGCAGCACUUCUCAGACAUCACCUCAGACCCUGAAGUGAUUGAGCUCCUGUCCAGGUCCCCCUCACCGCAGACGUCCAGGCUCACAGUUUGCUGUCAGGGAGAAGGGGGCUGGAGCUCCCUGGGCCAAAGCCAGGAGCAGCAGUCACUGCACAAUCUUCUCCAGUACUGCCUAAACCCUGAACCCCAGCUCCCCGACAUGGACGGCGUCACCGAGUUCACCGAUUAUGUCUCAGAGACGGUGGAUGUGCCGUCAUCCUUUGACCUCCUGGAGGCCCCUACCUCUGGAGGUUUCCUGAAGCUGUCCAAACCCUGCUGCUACAUCUUCCCUGGAGGCCGGGGAGACUCUGCUCUGUUCGCUGUCAACGGAUUCAACAUCCUGGUGGAUGGAGGAUCUGAUCGCAAGUCUUGCUUCUGGAAGCUGGUCCGCCACCUGGACAGGAUUGACUCUGUUCUGCUCACACACAUCGGGGCAGACAACCUUCCUGGCAUUAACGGGUUGUUCCAGAGAAAGCUUGCCGAGCAGGAGGAGGAUCGAAACCAAGGAUCUGGUUCUACCAAUGGGGACUGGAUGAAGAAUCUGAUCUCUCCUGAGCUUGGGAUCGUGUUUUUCAACGUCCCAGAGAAGCUCCGGAUGCCUGAGUCUACGCUGAAAGUGAAGCGAAGCAUCGAGGAAGCAUCUCUUACACUGCAGUACCUCAACAAGCUAGGUAUCACUCCAGAACCUCUUCACAGGGUCGUCAGCAACACCAUCGAACCCAUCACACUCUUCCACAAACUGGGCGUGGGAAAGUUAGACAUGUACGUCUUAAACCCCGUAAAGGAGAGCAAAGAGAUGCAGUUCCUGAUGCAGAAGUGGGCCGGGAACAGCAAAGCCAAGACCGGGAUUACACUACCCAACGGAAAGGAAGGAGAGAUAUCUGUCCCCUAUCUGACAUCGGUCACUGCGCUCAUCGUCUGGAUCCCUCACCGUCCAACAGAGAAGAUCGUCAGAGUGCUCUUCCCCGGAAACGCACCGCAGAAUAAAAUCUUUGAGGGCCUGGAGAAACUGAAGCACCUGGACUUCCUCAGGUACCCAGUGGCCACCCAAAAAGACAUCUCAUCAGGCGCAGCUCCCCCCAUCAUCAAACACACCAAGAUAAGAUCCAGAACCGACAGCAAGGAGAGUCUCAAAUCCUCACCCAAACCACACUCCAAAACCACAAAGAAAGAAGCCGGCGGGCAGGAGGACGAGUCCAAGAGCAACAUCUCCAAAGAGAACAAAGGAGAGAAGAAGGAAGAGAAGAAACACAAGAGUGAAAGUCUGAAAGCCACAAAGCAACAGAAGAACAGUGCGGUGGCUCCCGCAAAAGCAUCCAAGAUGGAUGAGAAGAAGGAUAAAGAGAAAAAAGAGGGAAAGAAAGAUGAAAAUAUUAGAAAAGAAGAGAAAAAAGAAGGUAAGGCCAAAGAGGAUAAAAAGAAGGACCCGAGUAAACCAGAGCUGAGAAAAAUAACCAAACCCGACCUGAAGCCGCUCACACCUGAGGUCCGAAAAACUCUGCAUAAGGCCAAGACUCAGGCCAAGCCCAAGACGGACAAAAACAAAGCUGUGAAAGAGCAAGACAACAAGCCCAAAGUCCCAAAGAACAUCCCAGAGGAGGUGGCAGCAGCAGCUCUGGCUGACAGGUCCAUCGUGUCUUCCCCAGAGGACCUGACCGAGGACUUCGAGGCUCUGAAACAAGAAGAGCACUCCAAAGGAAGGAGCGUGCCCAUCCAGAACGAUGUGAUCUCUGGGCAUACUCAACUUUCCUCCUUAAUCUUCCCUGAUGAAAAAGUCACGCCCAAAGCCACUGAAGCAAAACCUGCUUCCCCCAAAUCCCCCGACACCAAGGAAGAAGACCAAGACACGGCUGCAGCCGCCGCAAGCUACGGCUUCAACAAGAAGUACGACGAGGAGAAGAUGGAGAAACAGCACAAAUACCCCGUGAAGGAUGAAAUGAAAGACAGAUCCAAGAAGAGUGAAAGUUCAGAGGAGGAGGGCGAUGUGAUCGAGAAAGCUGAACUGGAAGGAACAGAGGAUGAGGAGGUCCUGAAAUAUAAAACAGAAGAGGCCAAAAAGGAAAAAAAUGGGAAGGACUGGGACGCCAAGCCCACUGAUCCAAAACUGUCAUCAGCACUGCCCGGUCAGGUAGGAGCCUCUGCCUCAGACCAGUUCUCCUACAUCCAGGAUGAGACCAUCCCAGGAUACUCAGAGACCGAGCAGACCAUCUCUGAUGAGGAGAUCCACGAGGACGCUGAGGACAGGAUCCCACAGCUACGCUACGAUGUGGGCUCCUACGACGUCUCCGUCCCUGACGUCCCCGGCACCUUUGACUCCAUGCACGGCAUAAAGGAGAUGAAGAGCUCGGCCCUGUUGGAUGUUUCAGGUGUCAAACCUAAGGCCUUCGCAGGAGGUCAUGAGCCUGAGCUCGCCCCUUACCCCGCCAUCAUUGCCGCUCCGCUCGCAGAGGAGGAGCACAUCUCCUCAGCGACCUCCAUCACAGAGUACGACAAACUCUCAUCCUUUGCCACGUCCGUCGCUGAGGACCAGUCCAUCGCCUCUGCCACGGCGCCUCAGACCGAGGACGCCGGGAGGAACUCUCUCCUGCUCGACACCAUGAACAGCGCUCCCUCUCGCCCGGAUGCUAUCCACGGAAAGGACUAUCUGCACUCAGCGGGAACCAUCUCUCCCACCUCCUCUCUGGAGGACGACAAGUGCUUUAAGUCUCCUUCCUCAGAUGAGUACCAGCCCAACAUCCCUGAGAUCGAGGCUGACUCCAAGAUGAAAUCAGUCCACGAAGAAGACGAUGAUGAGGAGGAAGAGGACGAGGACCAGACUCCCAACGUUGACAUUCCUCUGGGUAAGCUCCAAGAGGGCUACGAACAUGCAGCCUCCAUGAUGCUCCAGGAGAAGGAGAGAUCUCCCCCUGCUGCUCCUUCCUCCACCAUGCAGUACUCUCCCACACAAGCAACCACAGAACACCAGAGUCCCUUCAGCACGGAGCGACCCCGGACUGAUGGAAAGCCUGGUUCUCCUCCUCUGUCGUUGGGCUUAGAGUCCCACUCCAGGCAGGAGAGCGAGGAAAGAUGUGUGAGUCCGGAUGAUAGCACCAUGAGACUGGCCUCCCCCACACAGUCUGUGCCGACAAGCAGCGGCUACUCCCCCACAGAGGACAAACCCUUCAGGACCGAGGACAAGGAGGAGGCAGGGACGGAUGUGAAAGCCGACGCCCAGAGAACAGUCUCAGACAACACCUCCUUUAUCGGACUGCAUGCUGACAAAACAGCUGCCGAGGCCUCGGAGGAAUCCGAAGACGAGGACGAGGACGAGUGUUACGACAAAAAGGAUCUGAAGCCUACGGUCAAAGCCAAACUGAUGGAGGCGAAGGAGGGAUGCUUCCUGGACGAGGACUUCACCUUUGAAACAAAAUCUGCAAAGACUGAAAAAGAAGUCAAGAGUUUGAACAAAGCGCAGGUUUCUAUUCAGAAACCUCAAGUGAUGUUCUCGGAUGAAGAGGAAGACGCGGAUGAGGAUGAAAAGGAGGAUGAUUUCCCUGUCGGGGGACGGUCUAAGCCUGCAUCAGCAGACAGCGGUGCAGAGAAAACUGAUGUCUCUCUAAAGGAGUCGGAGAAAAGUGUUCACUUCAGUCUGUAUGCUUUCCCAGAGAAGGAGGGCAAAGAGAAGGCGGUGUACAUCAGACAGGACACGCCCUACGUCCACGGCAAGACCUUCUCCUACGGCGACCUGUACGACAGUAAGACCAGCUCGGUGGACUCUGACUCAUAUCGCCAGGAGUCUUUGGAGAAGACAGAGAAGGACUCUGCAAAGGCUGACCCCGCUUCGUCAGAGAAGGAGGGAUACACCUCCUCCUCUGCCUCGUCCUGGAUCCAGUCUAAGAGCUCCUCAGAGGCUCCUUCGUUUGGAAAGGAGGUCCAAGACAAGGACAUGCUAGACUACAGCUCAGGAAGCCGGUUCCCUUCGGUGGCUGACAGACCUGAGGCCUCGUCCAUCUCGUUAUCAUCAGAAACAGAGUCUCUGAAGAGUCCGGCCGACGGCACCAAGCCCCGCUCAGACCUGCACAAACCUGCUGCCUCUGGCUGUUUGGAGGUCGACAUGCGGAAACUGACAGCAAGGGACGAGGAGGACUAUGAUGAUGAUGUUGUUGAUGAAGAUGAUGAUGAUGAUGAUGAUGAUGAUGAAGAGGAGGAUGAAGAAGAUGAGGAUGAGGAUGAAGGUGCUGUUGAUUCUGAUAUGGAGAAAGGUGCCAAAGAGAAGUCUGAGAAGGAGGUAAGGAGUCCGGUCAGUGAGCUGCUGGACUCUAAUAGACCCGAGUUCAUGGUGUCCAUGGCCGGGUACGGCUUCCACAGCCAGGGCAGGCCCAGCACGACGGACCGCAUCCCACUCACCAAGACUGAGGACCAGAACAAGGCCCACUCCUCGGGGUUCGAGCUCUCGUAUGGAGGGGGCGUGAAGGACUCGUUUUCAUCCCAGCAGAGCGACCACAGAGGGACCGAGGACCUCGCCUUGAAGCCGACAGAGGACACUUAUUACCAGAACGACAGAGCUGACCCUGAGUUUGAGAAACAGAAGACACCGGACCUUCUGAGUAAGAGAUCCCUGGACACCAGCUUUCAGUACACCACUACCGCAGGCCCCGGGUACUCCUCGUCCUCAGCCUACAGCUACUCCUCCUCCACCUCCGGCUCCCUCUCCACCAGCCGGCAGUUUGGAGAGGAGCUGGAGACGCCUGCAGAGCCCAUCUUCGAGUACUCCUCCUUUAAAGACGAACACUCCCCGGUCAUGGAUUCUGCCUUCUCCAGCUCUUCUGCCGCCAAAGACGCUUAUCUGGAAGUGUCUGAAAAACAGAUGACAGCUACGACCACGGCCUCCUCCUCCUCCGGUUUGGCCGGUUUCUCACCCGUCAGCCCGUUCGAAGACGUCAAAUCCCUCCCCUCUCUUUCUGCGUCAGCUGGGAUCAAGACGGAGCAUGGGACUUCAUUAGGUGGAGCUACAGACAAAGGCCCCCAGCAGGAUUGCUUCUAUAAGCCUGAAUGGUCUGAGGGGUCAAAGCUGAACUCAGCCGCUGGGUUUGGGGCCGCAGCAGGGCCGUUCGCUCCUCCUGCAGAGUUUUCUAAGGACAAAGAGGCCGCCAGUGCAGCUCUGUUCGGCGUCACAUCUUCACCACGCCCAGACAUCGAGGGCAAGCAUUACUUUGAGGAGACUGACAGCAGCGAGGAAGAGGAUGAGGAGGCUUACAUGCGUGAGAUGACUCGCAGGUCCCCCUCUAGCGGUCUGGCUGGUAACCUUUCGUUUACUGAGGAGCGUGUUUCCUCCAGUGCGAAGGCAGCCGGUGCUCUGCCUGACGUUCUCGGCUCCUACAUGCCCUCACCCGUACAGGUCAGCAAGCCAGACGCCACCAACGGCCCCACGGAGGUCGGCACAGGCUCCACCCUCCCUGCUGGAGCAUCAGGCCCGGCCAAGGUGGAGCCCAGAGAGGGAGCAGCCGGCUACAGGAGCUCUUAUGAGUGGGAGAUGUCAAAGAGCCAGUUGGGGAUGGUGCCUGGAGACUCUCCUCCACAUUACCGCCAUGAUGAUGAGUUUGAGGAGGAGUGUGAGAUGGAGCCAGAGCACCCUGCUCGUCCACUUUCACUCUCCUCAGCAGAUCAGCCGUUCCGCUCUCCGUUCUACGCGGAGGAGUGCAGCCGAGGAGAGCAGGACGAGGACGAGGACAGUGAUCAGGACGCGGCCGGUCACGUGUCCAUGGGAGCCAUGUCCUCUUACACCAGCCGCUCCUCUCCUGGAUACUCCUCCUCCGAGUGCAGGCAGCGCAAAGAGGACCUCUCCCCGUCCUUCAUCAACCCGUGCAUGAGUCAGGUAUCCAGCGACGAGGACGACGAUGAGCAAGGGCGCAGGAGUGACCAGUCGCAGGAGGGUGAUGAGCUGGAUCUGUCCGUGAAGAGAAGGGCUCACAAACAGCCUCACCAUCACAAGUCUCACAGCAGCUCUCUGCACCAGGCCGGAGGCAUGUCUGCAGGACUGGGACUGGCCACAGAGGACACUCCACCCACCUCCGUCAGCGAGUCUUUGGCCUCCCAGUCAGACUCUGAUGGGCCUCCAGGCACCGAAGAAUACCCCUCGGCUGCCGGGGACGGAAACGUGGACUCAGACGAGGAUGCAGACUACAUGCCUGUGGAUAAAUCAUCUGCUACAGGAGGAGGCAGCCAUCAGUCCUCUAACAGGAGCCAUGAUCCUCCUCCAGCCCCCCCCAUGGACCCCUACCCUUGCCCCCCACGCCCUGAUGUUUGCAUGGUGGAUCCUGACGCAAUGGACAACAGCUCAGUCAAGAAAGAGACAAAAACUAAGAGCUUAAAGAAGAAUUCUGGGAAAACCAAAUCCACCUCCCCAGCCCGGCGCAAAAGGUCUCCCAUGCCGGUCAAACAGACGGCGUCUCCUCGCAGUGCCUCGCUGAAGAAGAAGGAGGCAGACAAGAGCUCCCGUAUGUCCCGUCUGUCAGACGGACAGGGCUCCAAAGAGGAUGACCUCUCCAGGUCCAGCUACAACCCUGGCAAGGGACUGACCAAUGGGGUCAAGAGCAGUUCGGGUUCUCAGAAGUCUGGCUCUGCAGCUGCUUCAGGACUUCCUAUCUACGUGGACUUGGCCUACAUCCCCAACCACUGCAGUGCCAAGAACGUGGACCAGGAGUUCUUCAAACGCGUCCGCUCUGCGUACUACGUGGUGAGCGGAAACGACGCAGCGAGCGGCGAGCCGAGCCGAGGAGUCCUGGACGCUCUGCUGGACGGGAAGGCUCAGUGGGGAUCCAACCUGCAGGUGACGCUGAUCCCGACCCAUGACACGGAGGUGACCCGGGACUGGUACCAGCAGACCCAUGAGAAGCAGCAGGAGCUGAACAUUAUGGUCCUGGCCUCCAGCAGCACCGUGGUCAUGCAGGACGAGUCCUUCCCCGCCUGCAAGAUCGAGUUUUAGGAUGGUGGUGUGCUCCUGCCCCCUUCAGUGUAGACCUGUAGAAUGGCUCCUCUCUGUAGUCUGAUGUGUCGUCUGUCAGAGACAGAUUUGGACAAACGCCUCUUCUUUUCUAUUUUUUGAUUGGUUGAUCAUCUUGUCGUGGUCGUCUCUGAUUGGUUUUGUUUUCUAAUGACUCUGUCCUCCUCUCCUUCAUCAUCAUCAUCAUUAUUUAACUCUAUUCUUUAAACCCUGUAAAGAUGAAGUCUGGGAUUAUUGGAGACAGUCUCAGACGGGAUCAGUAUGACCUGAUGGUUCUGAGUCCAAGCACAAGUUCUGCACCUUAAAGCAUCAAAACCAGAGAGCAUCUCCAGCUGAGUCCCAAACCUCUGUACUGAGUGAACCGGAUGUGUUCUCACAGGCUGCCUGAUGUCCUGCUGACAGAGAGGAGACCUCACAUCUGUGACCCCGUGAGUCUCUGCUUCAGGGUCAGCAGCCAGUGAGAACUGUCCUCACUGAGACUUCAGUCCGUCCUCGUCCCUCAGGGUUUACUCUCGGUGAUUGUCCGGCUGAUGAUGAGGAGCAUUGAGGGCAGAACAUCUUCAUCCCGUUCACACGGAGAACAGCUGUGUGACCUCCUCCUCAUAUCCACAGACCUUCCCACACGGUGUGAGCGGGCCGCUCCGUCCUGGGGAGCGUGAGUCUGUGGGUCUGUGUGAGGCGGGACGUAGUGUGGACGGCCUGCUGGUCUGGAGGACUGGACCUGUUAGAAGGUGUUAGUUGAUUGGAGGCUGAGCUGAUCCUCUGUAACUCAGAGCUUCAGUUUAUGACGUUAGCAUAGCAUUAGGCCGCUCUGACCUGUGCUCCCCUCAGGACUCAGUGUUCCCGGAGCUGCUGCGAGCAGAAGCACAAACCCUCCUGGAUGCUGGUCCACAGAAACCUGUUGGUCUGACUUUAGUCUGCAGAUCUGAACGUUCUGACUUCAGUCUCUUCUCUCGUUUCUUUCCUGCCGGUGAAUCCGUGGCUGUUUUUAACUUUCUGAACUUCUUACAGUGUGUCUGUGUUUCCGUUUGAUGGUUUUAUAUUUUGAUAAGGUUUAGGUAACGUACACUUUUUAAACCCUCCUCAGACCGGAGCAGGACGGCAGGCGUCUGCAGGACGGCGGGCGUCUGCAGGACGGCGGGCGUCUGCAGGACGGCGGGCGUCUGCAGGACGGCGGGCGUCUGCAGGCGUCCGUGUUGGAGUAUUUUUGUCCGAUCUUCGAUGCAUGAGCAGCAUGUUCAGAAAGAUGGCGGCUUCUCAGGGAGCUGGGCGGCCUCGCUUUGAAUGUGAAGUUGCAGAUUACCUUUACCUUCUCCGUGGAGAACUUUGAUCUCCUGGUUGCCUUGGUUACCUUGCAUCACAUGGUCCAUCUGACUAACCUGGUCACACACGCGACUGUGCAGAGUCAACCCGCUACAGCUCCUCCGUGUGAGCGACAGGUCCAAGAUUAUUUCUGACGGCAGAUUAAAGACUCACACGGCGGCCAUUCUUCUCUGACAUCACUCUCAGGGAGAGAGGUGCUGCGGGUGGUAUACGAGAGGCGUGUCCCAGACCUUCAGGUGAAGACAUCAGGUGAGUCUGGAGGGAUGUGGACCCCUACAUGAAGUCCUCUGAGCUUCGGCGUGUGAUGCACGUUUACAGCCUGGUUCAGAAAACGCUCCAGGUCUUCGAUCAUUCCUCCAUCGACACACGGAACGGGACGAGGGUUCAUCAUCACGAGUUCGUUUGGAAACAUUCAAGUUAUAGCAUUUGCAUAAUUAAGGGCGUGGCUUUCUGGACUGACAGGUGGGCACACUGUAGCUGUUAGCGAGGAGGCUAACGGCCCGCCUCUUUACCUCACACUGAAGUUAGGUUGAGUCAGUAUUUCCAAGAUGGCGACCGCCGACGAUCAGCUCCAACACUCAGCUUCAGGUACAGACGGGUCUGAGGACGAGGAGGAGGAGUUAGUUUCCUAACUGUGUGACAUCAUUACUCUGGAUAUGACCCCUCCCCCUGAGUGUGAUGUCUGAGAAAAAUGGCCGCAGUGUGAAAAUGACAUAUUCAGUCAGAAACACAAUUUGUGUUUUCUGCAACUCCUCCGAUUAAACUGGGUUAACUGUGACAUCACUUCCUGUUAACCCAGUCAGCCAAUCACAGCUGAUGUGUAAUCUGCUUCACUAAAGGCUCCUAAUAACCAAUCAACACCUCGCACACACCAGAGUCAAACUGCCACGCAGACACACACACACACACACACACACGCACACAUGCACACACACACGCACACAUGCACACACACACGCACACACCAGAGUCAAACUGCCACGCAGACACACACACACAUGCACACACACACAUGCACACACACGCACACACCAGAGGCAAACUGCUACGCAGACACACACAAACACGCACACACACACAUGCACACACACACACACACGCACACACCAGAGUCAAACUGCCACGCAGACACACACACACAUGCACGCACACACCAGAGUCAAACUGCCAUGCAGACACACACACACACACGCACACAUACAUGCACACACACUCACACAUGCACGCACACGCACGCACACAUGCACAAACACACACGCACACAUGCACGCACACACCAGAGUCAAACUGCCAUGCAGACACACACACACACACGCACACAUACAUGCACACACACUCACACACACACACACACACACGCACACAUGCACACACACACGCACACAUGCACACACACACGCACACACCAGAGUCAAACUGCCACGCAGACACACACACACAUGCACACACACACAUGCACACACACGCACACACCAGAGGCAAACUGCUACGCAGACACACACAAACACGCACACACACACAUGCACACACACACACACACGCACGCACCAGAGCCAAUUUGCCACGCAGACACACACACACACAAACACACACACCAGAGUCAAACUGCCACACAGGUUUAUAUCUCCUGUUUCUCUUUACAGUCAGAGCUUCACACGCACACACACAUAUACACACAUAUAUACACGCACACACACACACACACACACACACACUGAGUAAAUAGCUGCUGUGUUCCUGCUCUCGUGGAGCCUCUGGAGGUUUCAGGGAGCUGCUUGUUGUGCAUGUUUGAGUUCUGUGUAUCGUGCUAGCUGCAGACGUAUCAUAGAGAAGCUAUUUAAAGAUGUGAUUUAAAGAAGCUGAGCUGAAGGAGGCACAUGUAAUCCGGCUGUGAUCGUUUCUUUUCCUUCUCUCUGCUUCUUCGCUCAUCUCUUCUUUUAAGUGCAAUAUUCUCUUUAUCUCUCUAAAGGCUUAUUAAAGUAUUAAACAGAUUUAUUGUUGAAGGGAAGUGAAGAACAAUAAAAAUCAUUUACUGAA